UUAGUUGAUUUUAAAAACAAAAAGACUGUGUUCUAUAUCGGUGGAUUCUUCGACAGCGCUUAUUUUCCGUUCAGUCAAGCAAUAGGAACUGUCUACUCGAAACGCGGCUACAACGUUCUGUUGUCAGAAACCUUCCAGUUUCUAACAUACAUAUACCCCAAAUCAGUAAGACUGUCAAAAGUGAUCGGCGAUAAGAUUGGUGAAUUAUUAGUAAAUUUGCAACAUUUAGGUUUGAAAGCGAAUGAUUUAGAAAUUGUUGGAAUGAGUAUAGGAGCACACAUAGCUGGAUACGCAUCUAAA